AGCUUUCGCGUUGCGCGAGCUGGGGACGUUUGCGGUGCCAAGGAGCGAGCCAACGAGCAAAAGCACGCAUCUAAGCGGCCGGCGAGCUCGUUGGAGGCACCCCCAGUUCUUGGGCUGGACUUCUCUUCGCCGAACCGGUUGGCACGGACGGCGGACGGCGUUGCCUCGCCGUCUUUUGGCUUGCGGAGCUGUAGUUUAAGGAUGGCUAGAGAGUGAAGCAGGAGCGGCCACGCCAGUUAUUCGGACGACCGAGUCAGGAUGAUAUUAACGCAAAUUGAAGCCAAGGAAGCCUGUGAUUGGCUGAAGGCUGCUGGUUUUCCCCAGUAUGCUCAGAUGUUUGCAGAUAUGCAGUUUCCAGUCGACAUAAAAACUGUGAGGAAAGAUCAUGAAUUUUUAGAUCAAGACGAAAUAGAAUCUCUCUACAGACGGUUAAAUACCUUGAAUAAGUAUGCAGAAAUGAAGAUGGAAAUAAGUAAGCCGAGAAAGCGGAGUGAUGAAUCUGAAGAUGAAGAACCUUGUGCAAUAAGUAACAAAUGGACUUAUGAGAAAGGUACCAAAAGAUGGUCCCAUUUGGAAAAUAUAGAGGUUUCUUGUGCACUAAAGCCUGAAAACCUGAGACUUAAAAGUAACGGUAGUGGGGAUAUUAUAUUUUCGGAUCAAGGAGACAUUCAUGACAAAACUUCAGUUCAUAGUUCUAGCAGUGGGGAUAGUGAUAUAAUCAAUUUUCCCAAGAUUUGCGAUGUUGAGACCAGCAGAAGCUCUUCAACCUGUUCCUCGAAUAAAUUGGCAUCCCCUGACUCAGUUUCCAGUUGCUCUCCUUCUCUUACUGAGACUCUGAAUAUGACAAGUGAAGACAAGAACUUGGAUAAACUAUGCCAUAAAAAAGGAAACAGUUUCAUAAAGAAAAUGGAGAAGUUGCGCUUAAGAAGUGGCACUUGUAAGAAACAAACACAUUUGAAGGCCAAAUUCAACAUCAGUGAGCCUAUUCUCCUAGAGGGAUUGAGUGAAGAAAAGUUGAGAAGCUUAAAUUGCAUAGACAUUUCUGAUGAACCAGUGAGUCGGGUGAUACAGCCUUCUUACUAUCCCCAGAGCUGUAGCAGCAGCAGCAGCCAGUCUGGAGACAGUAGCACUGUGAGCACCCCAAGCCCAGUCAGCAAAGUAAGGAGACACAGUAAAAGAGGAGGAAUGUAUGCUGAAGAGUUUGAUCCCAGCAAGCUUUCCUUAAGGAGUGAUUUUUCUGAGCAAAACUCCAACAGUGAGAUAUGUUUGCACAAAAACAAAGUAUUUCAGGUACCACAAGGUCAUAAGCCUGGGACUUUCCCCAAAGUGCUUACAUAUAGCCUGUUAGCUCCAAUAGACAAUACCUCAGUAAACUGGAGAACGGGCAGUUUUCAUGGAUGCCAGAGAAGCAGGGAUAAGAGUAAUUCUCAGGAGCCUGAAGAGUCAUGUGACUCUCCUUCACUGAUGGAUAACAGGUUGAGUAUAUAUGACAAUGUGCCAGAAAAUCUUCACAAAAUAAAUUCACCAGAGACUGAUGAUGACGAUGUUUUUACGGAACUAGACAAUGUUAUGGAACAUGUGAAUGGACUCAGGAAGUUGGUCAACCAAUGGACAGAGAAAUUAUCUGAUGAUGGUGACUCUGAUUCUGCAAGUUACUCUAACCAAUCUAGUUCUCCAUGCCCGUCAUCUCCUAAAGAAAUCCAUCUUGAAAUUAAAAAGCAUUCAGAAGAGAAAUCAGCAGAAUUGCCAAAUAUUGAUGGUGAAGACAGCUGCAGACACCUUGGUGAACAGGGUCUAAUGGAACUGACGUAUGUAAUGGGAACAGGAACAGGGAUGAUACCAACACAUUCCAUCAGGCAUGCGAGGAGACCCUGGUCUAGUAGAGAAGGAACACAUUUUGAAAGUCUUUCUCUACAAACGGACAGCCAAUCAGCAACUUGUCUGAACCGCAUACAAAAGCUUGCUUUGUUAAAAUUAACUACUUUAAUGGACAAAUACUCUCCAUCUAGCAAACAAGGAUGGAACUGGACUAUUCCAAAAUUCAUUAGAAAAAUAAAAGCCCCUGAUUAUAAAGAUAAAAAUGUUUUUGGAGUACCAUUACUGUUAAAUGUUCAAAGAACGAGUCACCCCCUUCCAAGGAGCAUAUUCCAAGCUAUGGACUACUUAAGACACCAUUUUCUUGACCAGGUUGGUCUUUUCAGAAAAUCUGGUGUUAAGUCUAGGAUCCUUUACUUAAGAGAAAUGAAUGAAAUUAACCCAAAUAACAUAAAUUAUGAGGGUCAAUCGGCCUUUGAUGUGGCAGACAUGUUGAAGCAGUAUUUCCGAGAUCUUCCAGAACCUAUAUUCACUAGCAAGCUUUGUGAAACCUUCCUGCACAUCUAUCAAUACCUACCAAAAGAUCAGCAAUUUUGUGCUGUCCAGGCUGCUAUUCUUCUUCUCCCAGAUGAAAACCGUGAAGCUCUGAAAAUUCUGUUGUACUUCCUUAGGGAUGUUGUGACGUUUGUGGAAAAAAAUCAGAUGACUCCAACCAAUAUAGCUGUGUGUCUGGCACCAUCUUUAUUCCACCUCAACACCUUGAGGAGAGACAGUUCUUCAUCUUCCAGAUCUAGCCAGAGGAAGCUCAGUACAGGAAAACCUGAUCAGAGGGAUUUGAGUGAGAACUUGGCUGCAACACAUGGCCUGGCCCAUAUGAUCAUGCAGUGCCACAGGCUAUUUGGGGUACCCAACUAUUGCUUUGAUCAGGGGUAUGAAAAUGAACACAACCAAACAGAUUCAGGUGAAGUAGCUCCACAUCAAGCCAUUUUAAUAAAAUAUUCUAAUAUAGUGACAUCCCUGGAACACUUCAUGCAGGACCUACUCAGAGAUGCCAAAGAAAAAUUCAAGAACUGGGUCACUUGCUCCAUUUUAGAAGAAGUAGACUCGGCAUAUAAGAAGGUGGAUGAUAACUACCACAUCCGUUUAUGGAAAACGACAGUUGAAAUUGAUGCUGUUCCUAAAGUUAUUCUACACCGGAUAUUGAUGGAGCAACAUCUGUGGGAUCCAAAUCUUCAACAAACAAACAUCCUGGAGAUUUUAGAUGAUGAAACAGAUAUUUAUCAGUACACAGCAACAAAUAUGUCUCCAUUUCCUUCAAGAGAAUAUGUGGUCCUAAGAACUUGGCGGACUGAUCCACAAAGUGGCACAUGUAUUCUAGCAGCUACCUCAACAGAUAACAAAGGUGCUACUGUGAAUGGGAUUUUGGCUCAUGUGAUACUUUACCAGUACCUUAUCGAAGUUGUUGCUGGUUCCCAGAAAUCCAAAGUAACAUAUGUUUGUCAAAUAGAUACCAGGGGCCGGACCACAGAAUGGUAUAAGAGAGUUUUUGGUCAUAUCUGUGCUGCAGACAUGAUAAGGAUUAAAGAUUCUUUCAAAGCAUCCCCUUACCGAAAUUAAACCAAAGACAACAAUUUGAUGCUUCUAGAAAUGAAGACAAUGCAAGAUGUCUUCAGUUACCAUUUUCAAAUUUUGAUUAACUGAAAAAGCAGUAUAUAAAGCCAUCAAAGAAGAAUUUUACAAAUGAAAGUUUCAGUUUAAACGUACCUUUCAAUUGAAUAAUUUACACAUUAUUCUUUUACAGUAUUUUGCCAAGAAAAUGAAAUUAUUUUGAUUACUUCUUAAUUUAUUUAUAAGGAACAUCUUUUAAUAGUAUAUUUUAACUAAUGUGUAAAUGAGAUAUAUUUUUAGAUGUUUUAUUGAUUGAAAAUGUGAAAGCAAUAGUAAAAUUAUAUCAGCAGCUUACACCCUGACCAGCUUUUAUGCUGAUUUUAUUUUUAUUAUUGUAAUGUAUUAGGAAACAGUGAUGCUUGUAUAAGAAGCUAAACUAAGCUAAUUACAUUAUAUAUAUAUAGAUCAUAGAUUUUUGUAUCUCGAGUAGCCACAAUCUACUUGAGAAUUUAUACAUCCAUUUUUAAUGCAGGAGUUUUUCAAUUUGCUUUUUAAGACACGCUCAAGGCAAUGUUCAAAACAGAAUAGGCACUUUAAAUGGAAAAUGUUUACCUUUGGGAAAUAAUAGAUUAAACAGUGAUACGUGGAGCUGAAAACACACUAGAUUCACAUUCUGUAUUUACUUAAUAUGCCCAGUUCUCAUUUAUUUUUGUUUUUAUACUGAAAAAUGUGGUUAGACUGAUUGAAGAUAAACUUUUUUUUAAAAAAUGAAAUCUCUACCAAUGUCUAUGGGUAGCUUUCAUUUACAAUACUGGAUGAAAAGAUUUUGGAUGAGAAAUUGAAUCAGACGACGACUAGUUUUAUAUACAUGCUAAACCAGUUUGUAUCUGCUAUGCAAAACAGCAAAUUAUAUUGUGGCAUUGUGCCCAAUCAAUGGCAUAAUCUUAUCCCUCUACAAUGAUUAUAUUUUUUUAACCAUUCCAUUUCUGCCUAACUGUCUUUUAUUUUCUCACUUAUUCCAGUACAAUGGAACAUUUGAUCUUUUGGACACUUUGGUAGCUCUUUAAA